AUGUCUACUGUCGAGUCUACGCCUUCUAAGCAGGUUGCAUCUGCAAUUGACUCCCUCAAGAUGAACGACUCACCCGCAAAGAAGCUUGACUUCUCGCCGGUCGAGAAGGAGAACACUUUCAAGCCCAUCGUCGGCAUCCCAGAUGACUUCGAGGACGACCUCGAUGCAGCCAAGCCUACCGUCGCGCCUACGAUCAAGGAGGAGGAGGCCAUAGAGCCCAUCCUCCAAGAGAACCCUGGACGCUUCGUCCUCUUCCCCAUCAAGUACCAUGAUGUCUGGCAGAUGUACAAGAAGGCCGAAGCCUCUUUUUGGACCGCAGAGGAGAUCGAUCUCUCCAAGGAUCUCCACGACUGGAACAAGCGUCUCAACGACGACGAGCGCUUCUUCAUCUCCCACGUUCUCGCCUUUUUCGCAGCCUCUGAUGGUAUUGUCAACGAGAACCUCGUCGAGCGCUUCUCGAGCGAAGUACAAAUCCCCGAGGCACGAUGCUUCUACGGUUUCCAGAUCAUGAUGGAGAACGUCCACUCUGAGACCUACUCUCUGCUUAUCGACACAUACAUCAGCGAGCCCAAGCAGCGCAGGUACCUCUUCAACGCCAUCGACAACAUUCCCUGCAUCCGCAAGAAGGCCGACUGGGCCCUGCGAUGGAUCUCCGACAAGAACUCCACCUUUGCCAACCGUCUUGUUGCCUUCGCCGCUGUUGAGGGUAUCUUCUUCAGCGGCUCUUUUGCCUCUAUCUUCUGGCUCAAGAAGCGCGGUCUGAUGCCCGGUCUUACAUUCUCCAACGAGCUCAUCUCCCGUGACGAGGGCAUGCACACUGACUUCGCCUGCCUUCUCUUCUCUCUCCUCGAGAACAAGCCCACCCCAGAGUCUGUCAGGGCCAUCAUCACUGAGGCCGUUGAGAUCGAGCAGGAGUUCUUGAGCGACGCGCUGCCAUGCGCUCUGCUUGGCAUGAACGCUACUCUCAUGUGCCAAUACAUCGAGUUCGUUGCUGACCGUCUGCUGUUGGCUCUCGGCAAUGUCAAAGUCUACCACGCGACCAACCCCUUCGACUUCAUGGAGAACAUCUCGCUGGCUGGCAAGACCAACUUCUUCGAGAAGCGCGUCGGUGACUACCAGAAGGCUGGUGUCAUGGCUAGCACAAAGAAGCACGAGCAGAAGGAGGGCUCAACACCCACACCUGAGCCGCAAGGCCAGUCUGGUGACUUCUGCUUCGAUGAGGACUUUUAG